AUGGCAGGGAUCAACCUCACGACAGGGGACAACCCCAUAGCAGGAGACAACCUGACAGCAGGGGACAACCCCAUAGCAGGGGACAACCCCACAGCACAGGACAACCCCAUGGGAGCACUCCCCCUGGGCUGGGCAAGGAGCCAGGCCAACCCCGCACCCUGGGGACCCCGGGGCUGCGUUAGGGACCCACGGGUUGGAACUGGGGGGGCUCUGGGGGUGACCGUGAGGGACCCCCCAGGCCCAAGGGCCCCCCCCCAGGCCCUAGGCCGCGGGCGCCCCCUGCUGCGCUGCGGUUGCCAUGGCGACGGCUGCGGCCUGCGGGGCCUGCGCCAUGGCGGGGCGGAGGGUGAGGCCGCUGCCCCCCGGCCUUCCUCCUCCUCCUCCUCCUCCUCCUCCUCCUCCUCGCCCUCUCACCGCCUCUCCUCUCCGCUCCUCUCCCCGCAGGCCGCCGCUCCUCGUGCCCCGAAGAAGCCGAAGCAGCGCCCGGCGGAGCGCGGCGGGGCCGGGCCGGGCAGCACGGGCGGCUCUGCCCCCGGGGCCGCCCCCCUCCCGCCCCCAGCGCCCUCCGGCCGCCCCCGGCCCUGUGUCCGCUUCAAGUGCGGCUUCACCGGGCCCGUCCUGGAUGUGCUGAGCAGCCGGCCCGGUUGGCAGCAGGCGAAGGACGAGGAGGAGUGGGAUUUUCUCUGGUGUGAUGUCAGUUGGCUUCGGGAGAAUUUUGACCACGCGUACAUGGAGGAGCAUGUUCGCAUCUGCCACUUUCGCAAUCACUAUGAGCUGAGUCGGAAGAAUUACUUAGUGAAGAACCUGAAGAGGUUUCGGAAGCAGUUAGAAAGAGAGGCAGGAAAGCUUGAGGCAGCAAAAUGUGACUUUUUUCCAAAGACGUUUGAAAUGCCUUCAGAGUACCAUUUGUUUGUGGAAGAAUUUCACAAGAAGCCUGGCACCACUUGGAUAAUGAAACCGGUUGGCAGGUCUCAAGGUAAAGGAAUCUUCCUGUUCCGAAAACUGAAGGAUAUCGUUGACUGGAAGAAGGAUGGUGGCCGCACAGAGGAGCAGAAAGAUGAAACACAAAUAGAAACUUACGUAGCCCAGCAAUAUAUUGAAAAUCCAUACUUAAUAGGAGGUCGAAAGUUUGACUUGAGAGUUUAUGUUCUAGUGACAUCCUACAUCCCACUGAAGGCCUGGUUAUACAGAGAUGGAUUUGCUCGCUUUUCCAAUACACGAUUUACUCUGAACAGCAUAGAUGAUCACUAUGUUCAUCUCACCAAUGUGGCGGUGCAAAAGACUGCUCGUGAUUAUGAUCCCGAGAAGGGCUGCAAGUGGAUGAUUCAGCAGCUCAGGCAGUACUUGACUGCCAAGCAUGGAGCAGGAUCGGUGGAAGUUCUCUUCGCGGAUAUGGACAACAUUUUCAUCAAGAGCCUCCAGAGUGUUCAGAAAGUGAUUAUCAGUGACAAGCACUGCUUCGAGCUCUACGGCUAUGACAUCUUGAUCGAUCGGAAUCUGAAACCCUGGCUCCUGGAGGUAAAUGCUUCACCCUCCCUUAUUGCCAGUAGCCAGGAGGACUAUGAACUCAAGUGUCAUCUUCUCAAAGACACACUUCAUAUUGUGGACAUGGAAGGCAGGCUGACAGGGAAGGAGAAGCGUGUUGGAGGCUUUGAUCUGAUAUGGAACGACGGGCCUGUCAGCAGAGAGGGAAACCUGGGUACCCUGGUGAAUGGGAACUUCAUGGCAAACACACAUCUAGGCUGCUAUAAUGACAGGAAGCAACAACUGAAGCAGCUUUUCAGGACUCUUUCUGCGCAGCAGACAGCAUGAGGCCGAUACCAAGCUUGGGUUGGGAGAUCACCGUAAGUGAAGUCUGUGGCGUCUCUCCCUCUCUUCCUCAUAUCAUGCAACAGCAGUUCCCAUCUCUCUCUGGACAUGUCUGCCUCAGCACAAGGCUGCUGACCUUGUUUCCUAAGGGUUCCCCAGCUGGGAGGCUGCAACGGGCUUGAAUAAAAUAUUUCAUAAUGGCCAACACAAGACACUCACAAGUGAUGCUGGCUUCUCAGCUGACCACCUGCAACCUAUACAGACUGGGAGAAAAUAAAGCAGCUAAACACAUUCUGCAUAGCAAAACAAAGCUUUUAAGGAAGGCGGGCACCUGAUCCUUCUGCUGCUACUACUAUGGAAACAUGUCAGACCAUAAAACCUGUUGCCAUGAUACUGUAAAAAUAACCUUGCCAUCACAUGUUAAGGAGACAUUUCCUGGCUGUACUACGCAGGUUAUGUAAGAGCGUAGUUACAACACAGGCACUUGGCAGGGUACUGCCAUUCACUUCCAGAAGAGAUGCAGCUUUCUGAAAAGCUCCUGGUAAGACAGAUCAGAUAAUAAGCUGAUGUUACUCUUAAUUUAUGUGUCUGAAGCGUAAGCCUGAAGUGGACAGCCUUGCUUCUUGCAGUUGAACACUUAGGCUAUGUUGUGUUAGUUGCAGAAUUUUAAAACUUAGAUCAAAUAAAUGGUAGUUAGCUUUAAAAAUUUUAAAAAUGAGCAAUCCCUCAGUUUUAGUGAGUCUGACAGGAUUUUUUUUUUUAACUCUGCCUAAUUUGAAGUGCAUGUGGAGCUAAACAAGGCAAUGUAGGGCUGACUGGAGGACACACCUCUGACCUGUUGGAAGGUGGGUCAUGGAACCAAGAAAAGGGUGAUGCUGUGUGAAGUUUGACAUGGCUGUGCAAAAGCUGCAGGAAGGCACAGAGCAAGGGCAGAGUCAGAUCCAACUUUGUGUUAAGUUUGACAGGACAGGUGAGCUAGCUGGAGAGACAGUGCAACAUUUAAAGUCCUUAAAUUACAUUAAAGACAGUCUUUACAGAAGCUUGGAAAACAAAGAGCAGAUGGUUUCCUAUGCAAAAAAAAAUAUAAAUCACUGUAGUCCAUUACUAAUUGUGAUAUUUUUUUUUAAUUAAGUUUUUAAAAAACUUAAGGUCUUAAACAACUUAUAGUGGGGUAGCAAGUCCAGACUAAAGAGGGUAGUGCAGAAGACAAAUUUUAAAGCUUUUGAAGAAAUCACUGGUCAUGUCAACUGGCCAGGUGCAGUGACCCUCCCUAUUCAGCCCCCCUUAAGCUGCGGGGUUUUGUUAAUGUACAUACAUUUUAUUCCUUCA